GUCCCAUUCUUGCUGCACUUUCUGAUACGUUAUUUAGUAUUACUUGAAAUUCGUAUGGCGAAAAUUGUUCCAAAUCCAUUUAUAUCAGAUUCAAAUAAUCCUGUCGAUAUGAAGCAAUAUUUUCAUGUAGAAUGCUUAUUUGAGACAUUUACUCGAGCUCGCUUAUCAACUAAAGUUAUCGAAUCUUCCGAUGACAUUGAAGGUUCGUACUUUAUAAAUGACGAUGAUAAAGCUAAAAUUCUUGAGCAGAUCAAUAAUUUGGAUGAAUUUCGGAAGGAAAUAGAAAAAAAUACUGGCGAUGAAUUAUCAAAUGUUUCGAAAAAUUCUUCACAAUUGGCAGUUUCACCUGAAUUUCCAAGCAAGGAAUCGGUUAAAAAUAAUGAAUUGUAUCGCCAAGAAAAAUUGUCAAGGAAAAAGGAAAAUGAUUCGCAAAAGAAUAAUUUUAGAUCGAAUGAAAAAUCAAACAAAUCAAAAUUUGAUUCAUUUAAAGUGUUUUGUAAACUUUGUGAUGUGAUAGCAAGAGUUUCGAAAUGCUCAGAUAAAUCGACAGCAAUUCAUAUGUUUAUCACAAGAGGUAAUAAUUAUCAUUUUUUUUUUUGUCCUUUGUCUGAUCACACCAUUCCUGAUUCAACUCAUUCCUAUAGUUUAAAAUUCGUUGGAUUGAGAUCAUAA